AUGUUUCCUGGUAAUAAACGAUCGAAUGAAGAUGUACCAUUAGGUUCAAAUGAUAAUAAACGUAAUCGAAAUUUAUCUUCAUCUCGAACAGAAUAUCGAUUUUUAAUUGCUGCAUCUGAUGCUCAUGCUAUAUUUGGACGAAAUGGUGAAAAUUUUCAAUCAUUAAGAAAUAAAUAUCAUAAUCUUAUUGAUGUAUCACAAGUUCAAACACCUGAACGUGUUUUAAUUUUAUAUGGAGAUGAAGAUAAAGCUAUGUCUAUAUUAGCUGAUAUAUUACCAAUAAUGGCACAAAAUCAAGGUGUUCGACCUGGUUUUGUUGAAUUACGUGCUAUGAUUCAUUCAUCACAAGCCGGUGCUGUUAUUGGAAAAAGUGGUGAUCGAAUAAAAGAAUUUCGUCAAAAAUAUAAUUUAGAUACAAAAGUAUUUCCGAAUCCGACUCCAGGUGAUACAACAGAAAGAAUUCUUUCAUUACGUGGUGAAUUACCAAAUAUUGUUGAAUGUUUAAAAGAAGUUUAUGCUAUACUUGAUCAAACACCAAUACGUGGUCAAAUACGAAAUUAUGAUCCAUCAUUUUAUAAUGGCGUUGAUGUAGAACGUUAUGGAGGUUUUACUGAGAAUCAUGAUUUUCAAGCAACACGUACACGAUUUAAUCCAAAUAAUCAACAAAAUCAACAACAAUAUACUGGAAAUUAUAAUAAUAAUAAUAAUCGUAGUGGUAGUAGUCAUACGAAUUAUCCACAAAAUAAUGGUCCUAUGCCAACAACAACUCAAGUAACAAUACCAAAUUCAUUAUCAGCUUGUAUACUUGGUCCACGUGGUACACGUAUAGCACAAAUUCGACAACAAUCUGGUUGUGUUAUUAAAUUUGAUGAUCCAUUGCCAAGUAAUGAUCGUAUAAUUAGUAUAAUAGGUAUGCCAAAUAAUAUAAUUCAAGCACAAUAUUUAAUGCAAACAGCUAUUAAACAAUCACAACAAUGGACUAAUUCAACUGUAGCAUCAUAA